UGAUUUUGCAUUUCCAGGAGGACUGUGUUGUUUACUAACAGUCCUCCUCCCUGUCAGCUCGGGUACACUGCUCUGGAUGGCUGUGCACAGCACAGCCAUCCAAAGCAGUGUGUCUACAUUGAAGCACACUGAUACCGCCCCCCCAGUAAAACACUCCCUGCACACAGUUAACCCUUUGAUCGCCCCUCAUGUUAACCCCUUCCUGCCCAUUGCAAUUAGUACAGUGUCAGUGCUUUCUUUUUAGCACUGAUCACUGUAUUGGUGUCACUGGGGAUGUCAGUGACAACAAGUCAGUCCCUCACAGUGUCAGAAUGUCCGCUGCAGUCCCGCUAUAA